UUUCUUCCACCUCUAACCUCUACACUGGACCGAGUUGCGGACAAAGCAGUAAUUAUUUGUUUAAUCCAAAAGCAAUUCUUGACUCCGAUUGGCGGUCUUCUGGCUGCUGCAGCUGGUUAUUUUUUUUGUGCCCCGAAAAGUGCUAAAUUCGCUGAUUAGGCGAAUAACGGUGGCAACCAGCGCACAAAAGCGACAGAGAACGUUCGCGAGCGAGUGAGAGAGAGAGAGAGCACAUAGCACACGCACACCCAAGGAAGAUAUUCCAGUAUCCCGCAACCCGCACCAACCCCUAACAGAGUCAUGAUCCUGCAGAGAAGCCGGAGGUGCCCACUGGCCCUCCUCCUCGUCGUCCUGCUGGCCGCCAUUGCUGGCCAAACGGACGGGCAGAAGGCGGCCAACUUGAACAGUAACCAACCCGCUUGCGGUGGCAAGGACAAGUGCAGCAGCUGCAUCCAGACGGAGUCCUGCGCCUGGUGCAUGCAGCCGGGCUUCAAGGGCCAGUCGCGAUGCUUCCAGGCCAACAGCAAUCAGUGUCCGGAGGAGUUCGUCUAUAACCCGCGCACCGACGUGCAGAUCUUACUGAACAAGAACCUAACGCUGGCCAGCACUGGUUAUGCGGCGGGAGGAGGAGCAGCCGGCUAUGGCGGUGGUGCCCAAAUCUCUGGCGGCAGCUCGAGCUUCUAUCAAGAGUCCUCAUCGUCAUCGUCAUCCUCAUCCUCGUCGAUGUCCGGCUCCUAUGGCUCGCAGUACUCUGCUGGCAUGUCGGCCAGCUCCGCCGACAUUGUCCAGAUCAUGCCGCAGUCCGUGAAGCUGCAGUUACGCGUCAAUGAGAAACACAACCUCAAGGUGAGCUACUCCCAGGCGGGUGGAUAUCCGGUGGAUCUCUACUACUUGAUGGACCUUUCCAAGUCCAUGGAGGACGACAAGGAGAAUCUGUCGGAACUGGGCGACAAGCUGUCCGAGACCAUGAGGAGCAUUACCUCGAAUUUCCGACUCGGUUUCGGUUCCUUUGUGGACAAGGUGCUCAUGCCCUAUGUCUCGACCAUUAAGAAAAACCUGAAUGAGCCGUGCGAAAAGUGCAGUGCUCCUUAUGGCUACCAUAAUGCCAUGGCCUUGAGUACGGACACAUAUAAAUUCUCUCAAGAGGUGAAGAGUGCCAAAGUGUCGGGCAACUUGGAUGCUCCCGAGGGCGGCUUCGAUGCCAUCAUGCAGGCCAUUGCCUGCCGACAGCAGAUCGGUUGGCGUGAACAGGCCCGUCGCCUGCUCGUUUUUUCCACGGACGCGGGCUUCCAUUAUGCCGGCGAUGGCAAACUGGGUGGCGUGAUUGCCCCCAACGACGGCGAGUGCCAUCUGAGUCCCCUGGGCGACUACACGCACUCCACGGAACAGGAUUACCCCAGCAUCUCGCAGAUCAACCAGAAGGUCAAGGACAAUGCCAUCAAUAUUAUAUUUGCGGUGACCGCCAGCCAGUAUUCCGUGUACCAGAAGUUGGUGGGCCAAAUCCAGGGCUCCUCGGCGGCCAUACUCUCCAGCGAUUCAUCCAACGUGGUCGAUUUGGUCAGGGAAGAGUAUGCUAAAAUCUCCUCGUCAGUGGAGAUGAAGGACAAUGCCACGGGCGAUGUGAAAAUCACCUACUUCUCGUCCUGUGUGCAUGGACCCGAAAUGCAGACCUCCAAGUGCGACAACCUGACCGUGGGCCAGCAGGUGAGCUUCACCGCCCAGAUCCAGGUGCUCAAGUGCCCCGAGGAUCCGCGUGACUGGACACAGACCAUCAACAUAUCGCCCGUGGGCAUCAACGAGACCAUGCAGAUUCAGCUGGAGAUGCUGUGCGCGUGUCCCUGCGAGAAGCCCGGCUCGAUUGGCUAUCAGGAGCACUCGAAGAGCUGCAGCGAGCACGGCACCUCCAUGUGCGGCAUCUGCAAUUGCGAUGAGAACCAUUUCGGCAACAUCUGCGAGUGCUCGGCCAUGGAUGUGACCCUGAAGAAUGGCAAUGACGCCAGUUGCCGGGCGGACAACAACUCGACGACGGACUGCUCGGGCCGGGGUAAUUGCGUGUGCGGCGCCUGCGAGUGCUUCAAGCGCUCGAAUCCCGAGGAGGUGAUAUCCGGGCCGCUCUGCGAGUGCGACAACUUCAGCUGCGAGCGCAACAAGAACCAGUUGUGCUCGGGUCCGGAUCACGGCACCUGCGACUGUGGCCGCUGCAUCUGCAAGCCGGGCUGGACGGGCAGCAGUUGCGCCUGCCAAGCGUCCAACGACACCUGCAUGCCGCCCGGCGGCGGCGAGAUUUGCUCCGGCCACGGCACCUGCGAGUGCGGUGUCUGCAAGUGCACGGUCAAUGAACAGGGUCGCUUUUCCGGCCGCCAUUGCGAGAAGUGCCCCACCUGCUCGGGCAGGUGUCAGGAGCUGAAGGACUGCGUCCAGUGCCAGAUGUACAAGACGGGCGUGCUGAAGAACGGCGACGAUUGUGCCCGCAACUGCACGGCCUUUGUGCCCGUGGGCGUGGAAAAGGUGGAGGUCGACGAGCACAAGGACGAGCAGAUGUGCACCUUCUUCGACGAGGACGAUUGCAAGUUCAUGUUCAAGUACAGCGAGCAGGGUGAGCUGAUCGUCCAUGCCCAAGAGGAGAAGGAGUGCCCGCCCAAGGUCUUCAUGCUGGGCAUUGUGUUGGGCGUCAUUGCCGCCAUUGUGCUAGUGGGUCUGGCCAUUCUACUGCUCUGGAAGCUGCUGACUACGAUCCACGAUCGCCGGGAGUUUGCUCGCUUCGAGAAGGAGCGCAUGAACGCCAAAUGGGAUACGGGCGAGAAUCCCAUUUACAAGCAGGCCACCUCCACCUUCAAGAACCCCAUGUAUGCGGGCAAAUAAAUCCGAUAUGUAACUUAAUAAUAGGGAAAUAGAACUUGUGUCGCUCAAUUCGAACGACGACUGUCUGUGCUUGAACCGGAAACCAGAAGGAAAAACAGCCAACCACCAAACCAACAAACAAACCCACAAACCCCAAUCUUCAGAACCGACUCCGAAUUCAUCGAUGAAGCUGCUUUGCCCGGGUGCAAAAUCACUGAAGUCAACUGCCAUUGAAACGCGUUCUAAACUAAGUCAACCUUACAUAUAUAUAUAUAAAUACAUAUAUAUAUAUAUAUAUAUUUAUAUAUACAUUUACAAAACAACCCCGCCGUGGGACAGCCUUUAUACAUUGCGUAUACUUAACGAGCAAACGAUUUGUGCCUUUCAGACAUAUUUUAGACUAUAUCAUUACGUACGUACAUAUAUACGAGCAAGAAAACAGACAACGCACAGCAACAAAACAAGCAGCCAAGAAA